AUGAAGGACGCGCCAAACAUGGGCGAGUCGACACCGAUCUGUCGCUGCCGGGUGCUGUACCUGGGCAGUGCCGUGCCCCGCCAGAGCAAGGACGGCCUGCAGGGCAUCCAGGAGCCGCUGCGCAGCCUCUACCCCUCGGAGGGUGCGAUCGGCGCGAAGGGCAUCGACUCGUGGCUGAGCGUCUGGUCGAACGGCAUCCUGCUGGAGAACGUGGACGAGAACCGGAAGCAGGUGACGCGCUUCUUCCCGAUCGACUCGCUGCACUACUGCGCCGCCGUCCGCCAGGUGCUCAUCCCCGAGCGCGGCAACAGCAACCCGGAACCGAAGUUCCUGCCGCUCGAUUCGCCGUUCGCGCGCACCCCGCGCGCCCAGCAUCCGCCCAUCUUCGCGGCCAUCCUGCGGCGCACCACCGGCAUCAAGGUGUUGGAGUGUCACACGUUCAUCUGCAAGCGGGAGGCGGCCGCGAACGCGCUGGUGCGCUGCUGCUUCCACGCGUACGCCGACAACUCGUACGCGCGCCAGCUCGAGGGCGGCUCCGGCAGCGCGGGCAGCUCCAACAGCGUGUACGGAACGAUCGGUGGCAAGUCGAACGGCACCGGCGAGGGCUGGCGGUCACGUGCCGGUAGCACGACCACGCUCAACAGCGUCGGCGUUGGCAGGCAGCCAAUUAACGGCGUCGGCGAUGCGUACACGGUGAAGAAUCUUUACGCGAGCAGCGCGGACCUGGAGGUGGUGGACGACGGCGAAAGCUCGCUGUACAACGGCGACGAGAACCACAAGGUGUGGAACGGCUCGACCGAUCAGAUCGAUGGCAUCGGCUUUGGUAACGAUGGGCACUACGAUAUCUACUCCGGCCCCGGUGGCCUCGGGGGCAGCACCGGAGGCGGCGGUGGAGGCGGGGCCGGGGGCGGGGGCUCCACGCUGGGCCGGCCGGCCCGCGUCCGCCAGAUAAGCGCCCCGGUGCCGGUGCCGCCGCCGCCGAAAGAAGAGCCGAAAAAGUCCAAGAAGGACAAGAAGGCGGCCAAGGGUGCGGCCCAACAGCAACAGCAACAGCAGCUGCAGCAUCAGGCGCAGGUAGGCAGUCAAAGUUUAUCCGGUACGCUUAUAAGACCACGUCCCAUGCACAUGAAUCCACUAGGUCGGUCGGCUGGCGGACCGGCAGCCGGAGCCAACCCCGCCGCAGCGAUGGCCGCCGCGGCCGCCGCACAUCACGGCAUGAUGCUGUACCACCACCACCCCGGCCUGGUGGGCCACCCGGGCGCCGGCCCGCCCCCGCCCGUCCCGGGCCGCCAGUUCCACACGAUCGGCCACCGCAGCAUGAACGGCGGGCUGGUGGGGCACCCCCCGCACCCGGCCAUGCUGCAGCACCCGCACCCGGCGAUGCACCCGGCGCUGGGUCUGCACCCCCCGCACCCGGGCAUGCACCCGCACGCGGGCAUGACCCUCCCCGCCAUGAUGAUGGCGCCCCAGUACGCGACCCUGCAGCAUCCGCGCACCAGCAAGAAGAAGAAGGACAAGAGCAAGACGCUCAACGGCAGCAACGGCAGCAUCCCGAUCGGCGUCCCCGUCGUGCCGCCCAUGUUCGCCUACCCGCCGCCCUCGAACGGCGGCUCGCUCGCGGACAGCCGGCCGCUGUCGAUGAGCAGCCGGAAGCUGGCGCAGUCGGCCGCCGCCGGGCUGGACGACGCGUCGGGCAACGCGUCGGGCGCCGAGUCGCCGGGCGGGACCGGCAUCUACCGGCGCAAGGGCCACCUGAACGAGCGCGCCUUCAGCUACUCGAUCCGCCAGGAGCACCGCAGCCGGAGCCACGGCUCGCUCGCUAGUCUGCAGUUCAACCCGCCCGACCUCAAGAAGGAGCGCGAGAUCGCCCAGAUGGUGGCCGGGCUCGAGCUGAGCGACGACUCGACGCUGCGCCGCCGGUCCGAGGUGGCCGGCUCGUCCGGGACGUUCGGCAAGCCGAGAAGAUGA